AGUAUUUGACUUAUUUAAUUUGAAAACAGUACACGGUUUGUUUGAGAAAAAAGCCGAAUAGUGUUUAAAAUCCAAUUUAACUACCCCUGUUUGCCUUUCUCGUAGCGUAUGUAUUCGGCCAUGACUGGGACGAUGACGUCAAUGUGCCCGGAAGUAUUAACCUGCGCGCGCAACUUUCACUUUAUCAAAAUAACAGAACAUGGCUUCCAACAACAAUUUCGCCGAAAAUAUUGACAAUUCUGACUCAGAUUCUUCGUUUGGGGAUGAAUUUCCAGAAACUAAUGGCAUUGGGUACGUUGGCUAUCGAUUUGAACCGCAAGUAGGCAGUAGCGACGAGUUAAGUGAAAAUGAUGAGAGUGAAUCCGACGGCGAACCAGAGAUCGAAAUAGGAAAUCUAAGAAUGGACAAUUUAGAUUGGUGCAGUUGUAAUAACUGCAUCAUUAUGAGAACAGAGACUGAGAACAUCUGUUGCAGAGAGAUCCAGAAUGUGCUCACCAAGGAAGAAGAUGACAAUAUUGUGGAGGAAUGUAUAUGUGAGCACCCAAAGUUCAACACCCUGUGCCUGGAUAGAGAUGUGUUAUGUGUUGCAGCCAUUACUGUGUCUUCCAUGUUCCGGACUGAUUUGCCAAAUCCUUUGACAGAUAGAUUCUUUCGCUUAACCGCAUACAGACAAUUCACUCUAUGGAUACAUGGAAAAUUAGGCAGACAUAACAGGAGAACAAUUCCAUCUUGUGUGGUACGUCGUAUCAGGGACGUCUAUCCUCAUUUAGAAGAGGGUCAGGAACAAUUUACUGGAUUUUUAUUUCCUUAACUGGAAUUCAAACCAAGAAACACUAGAAUUAUUGUGAAGUGAUGACUGAUGGCGUAACUUAUAAAAUGGUGUUGUAAUUGAGUGUUAAUAAUUUUCUUACAUAUCUCAAGCAGUAUAUCUAGACCAGAAGUUACAUAACUACUUAUUUACCACAUCUGACCUAUUAUUUUUGUUUACUUUGUUUAGUCAGUUAAAAGUUUUCUCUUAAAUCUUUUAAACGUGUGAAAUUUUGACAUUUUAACUUGAACUCUCUGUUUGGUGUAUGUUCUUGAUAUUUAUACUUGUAGCAAUAAAAAAAGAUGUGUACAUUUAUUCUUUGGUUUGCAUACAAUCUUAGCAAGUAAAGAUCUAUUCCCAACCCAUUUGCUUCAAGCAUACAGAAAUUACAUGGUGAUUCUUCUUCGGAAUAAAUGCUGCAGUACCCAUCCAUCAUCCUGAUCAAAGUUGUCUAAUACUUGUGAAGAA